CCCUGUGCUCUGAUUGACUCCUGAGGAUCAGCUGACCAGACUUUGGCCUCUGGUCCACAGUUAGGUCUGGAUCAUCAUGGACUUGGUUUUACUGGUUCUACUGGGACUCUCCCCGGUCUGGUCUGCGUCAGUCUUCCUGGACGCAGAGCAGGCUCACCGGGUGCUCAGGUCUGGUCCUAACUUGGUGUGGUCUAUCAGAGGCUCAGGUCCUGGUCCAGACCGUGGUCCAAACCCCAGUCCUGGUUCUGGUCCAGCUCGUGUCCGGUCUCGCAGGGCUAACACGGGGUGGCUGGAGGAACUGCAGAAAGGAGACCUGAGACGAGAGUGUGUGGAGGAGCUGUGCAGCUACGAGGAGGCCAGAGAGGUGUUUGAGCACACAGAGACUACUAAUGAGUUCUGGAAAACAUAUCGAGUCCAGGACCGCUGCUUGUCUGGACCCUGUCAGAAUGGAGGCACCUGUCUGGACCUGGGGCAGGGCUUCACCUGUCUGUGCCCCCCUGACUUCUCUGGGCUCAACUGCCAACUGGAUGACCGCGCGGCUCGACGGCGCUGCUUGGUUGAGAACGGAGGAUGUGAGCACUUCUGUGAAGAGCAGAAGGCGGGGCCUAAGUGCAGCUGUGCACACGGAUAUCACCUGGAUCGGAACCAGAUGAACUGCAUCAGCUCAGAACCCAUCGCCUGUGGGAUGGUUCCAGUUCUUCAGGGCAGAUCUAUUCCUUCUCUGGACCCUAGAGGCAGGAUCGUAGGCGGGUCCGAGUGUCCUCGAGGAGAGUGUCCCUGGACGGUCCUGCUCCUGUACAAAAAACGGCCGUUCUGUGGUGGGGUCUUUUUGAGUCCGGACUGGAUCCUGACUGCAGCCCACUGCCUGGAAGACAUUGAGCAGCGCCAUCUGGAGGUUGUCGCCGGGGAGCAUGACGUGGAGCUAUCGGAGGGCUCGGAGCAGAGGGUUCAGGUAUCGGCACUUCACGUGCAUGAGCACUAUGAGCCGAGCACGGCAGAUAAUGACAUUGCCCUGCUGCGGGUGGCCACGCCCCUCGCUGUGACAUCAUAUGCAGUGCCCGUGUGCCUCCCCACAAGCGCACACGCACACAUACAACUCCAAAGCAAGAGCACGCACCUGGUCAGCGGCUGGGGGCGCGUGCACGAGGCUGGACCUACCUCCCGGGUCCUCAAGAGACUACAGGUGCCUCUGGUCCGCACUCAGACCUGCCAGGACCAGACCGGUCUGGUUCUAACCCGGAACAUGAUGUGUGCUGGGUUUUUGGGGGGGCAGCAGGACUCGUGUAAGGGUGACUCAGGGGGGCCCCUGGUGGCCCGCUUCAGAGAGACCUGGUUCCUGACGGGGGUCGUGUCCUGGGGGCGGGGCUGUGCCAGACCGGGUCAGUACGGUAUCUACACACGCGUCGCCAACUACCUGGAUUGGAUCAGAACCAGGACUGGACUGGGACCAGGGGGAGACCAGAGCAGUGAACUGGAUCAAGACCAGAACAGUGAACUGGGUCAAAACCAGAGCACAGUUGAACCACAUCAAAACCAGAUUAUGACCACAGCUGAACCGGGUCAAGAUCAGAACAGUGAACUGGGUCUAAACCAGACCACAGCUGAACCAGGUCAAAACAGGACCAUGAUCAUAGCUGAACUGGUUCAAGACCAGAAGAGUAAGCCGGGCCUAAACCAGACCACAGCUAAACCAGUUCAAGACCAGACCACAGCUAAACCGGUUCAAGACCAGACCACAGCUAAACCGGUUCAAGACCAGGCCACAGCUGAACCGGGUCAGUGGCCCUGUGGGGGUCGGAGCUGCAACAUGUCUCCUACGAAGAUCUGUGCGGUCCAAGGUCUGCUCCGAGGUCUAGGCCAGGUCCCAGGUCCAAUCCUGGUCUUGGUUCUUGUCUUGGUCUCUCUGGGGUCUUUCUCUAGUGCUGCAGUGUUCAUAGACCCCUCUGAGGCUCACUCGGUUCUGGUACGGUCCAAACGGGCCAACAGUGGGUUCCUGGAAGAGCUGAAACAGGGGAACUUGGAGCGAGAGUGUGUGGAGGAGAUCUGCGACUACGAGGAGGCGCGAGAAGUGUUCGAGGACGACACCAAGACUAGGGAGUUCUGGAAGACCUACACUCGAGCCGACCCCUGUAAUAUUAACCCUUGUCAGAACAAUGGCACCUGUCACCGCAUCGGGGCAUCCUACUCCUGCCUGUGUACGGAGGGCUUCGAGGGACGACACUGUCAGACCGUGUUUGAGGACUCUCUGAAAUGCCUGUUCCAAAAUGGCCGUUGUGAGCACUUCUGUGACGGCUCCGGAGCCAAACGGCGCUGCUCCUGUUUAGAUGGAUACAUGCUUGGAGAGGACGACCGCAGCUGUGUGGCUCAAGUGGAGUUCCCGUGUGGGCAGUUGGCCCCAGAACCUGAGCUGAACCAGACCCAGGGACCACAGACCAGACUUGUGGGGUCCAACCAAUGUCCAAAAGGGGCAUGUCCCUGGCAGGUGCUGCUGGAGUUGAACCAGAUGCCUCAUUGCGGGGGGGUGCUUAUCAGACCAGACUGGAUCCUGACUGCAGCUCACUGUGUAUCGGACCUACCCCCCCAUAACCUGUCUGUGGUUGCAGGGGUCUCGGACCUAGAGUCUUGGUCGGGUUCUGAGCAGAGGGUCUUGGUACGGUCUGUGGCGCUGGCUCCUGAGUACAGCUGGGUGUCUGGGCACAGAGACCUGGCUCUGGUCCAGUUAGACCAGGCCCUGGUUCUGGGCCGAAAUGUGGUCCCAAUCUGUCUACCAAAUUUGGACCUGACCGAGAAAGAACUGGUCCAGAUCCGGUACCACACGGUCUCAGGCUGGGGCCAGAGGACCAGCGGAGGAAAUAAGAACUACAACUCCCAAAGUGCACCUGGAGGCCCACACAUGAGGAGAAUGGAAGUGCCCAUUAUUCAGCGCCCCUUGUGUGCCCAAAGGUCCGGGCUGAACCUGACCGAUCACAUGAUUUGUGCUGGGUACCUGAGCGGGCGCCAGGACAGUUGCCGCGGUGAUGACGGCAGUCCUUUGAUCACAGAGUUUGGCUCCACCCACUUCCUGUUGGGCGUGGCGGGCUGGGGGAGGGGCUGUGCCGAGCCAGGGUUCUACGGCGUCUACACAAACGUGGCACACUUCAUCGAGUGGAUCCACAAGACCUUGCAAGACCAAGGUCUGGACCAGAAACAAGACAAGAAGCCAACUGCACCAGGGCUGGAGCAGAGGCACAUGGAGGCAGGGGAGGAGAGGAAGCGAGUGUGCGAGGAGAGAGUGAAAGUCAUGCUGCGGAUCUUCGGACUUCUGCUGCUCCUGGACCUGGUCUGGACUCACGGUCUAGGUCUGGGUCCAGGUCCAGGACCAGUCUUCAUGUCUCGGCAGCAGGCUCAGCAGGUCCUGGUCCGGAGCAGGAGAGCUAACUCGUUCCUGGAGGAGAUGAAGAAAGGAAAUAUGGAGAGGGAGUGCGUGGAGGAACGCUGUGACUACGAAGAGGCCCGGGAAAUCUUUGAGGAUGUCCAGAAAACUAACGAGUUUUGGGCCAAAUACGUUGAUGGAGAUGCCUGUGAAUCCAAUCCGUGUAUGCACCAGGGUGUAUGCAAAGACACCGUUGGGGGCUUCGACUGUUUCUGCAAAAUUGGAUUUCAAGGAGCCAGCUGUGAGAUAGUGAUCCCAGAGCUGUGUGAAAACAAAAAUGGUGGCUGUGAGCACUUCUGUGAUGUGGAGGCCGGCAGUGUCGUGUGCUCGUGUGCAGACGGAUACUUCCUGUCAGAUGACCAGCAGUCAUGUGACUCCAACGAGCCUUUCAGAUGUGGAGCCGUCAUCACAGACCACACCAGGACAGUCUUCAGGUAUGACCGAAACCAAAGCCUGAACCUGAACCAGACCCAAGACCAGACUCAAGACUGGGCCGAGACCUGGUCCAACGAGACCCACACAAAUUCCUCUGGACAUAACAUAACUGGCACAGUGCACAGUCCAAUCCACACCCUGGACUCGGCUGAGGACGCCUUCUCCUCACAGUCCCACCGGGAGCAAGCCCACCUGGUGCCUAGUGUAGACCAUGGUCUAGACUUGGACCAGGGUCACCGGGGUCUAGACUUUGGCCCAGAGAAUCCAGACCUAAAUCCAGACCAGGUCCAGGAGGAGCUGGUCACAUCUCAGAUGGCCUCCUGGACUCGGAUCGUUAACGGAGAGGACUGUCCCCCAGGAGAGUGUCCCUGGCAGGCCCUGCUGCUGAAUGAAGAGCACAGAGGCUUUUGUGGAGGAACCAUUUUGAAUGACUACAUCAUUCUGACUGCUGCCCACUGCAUGAACCAAUCACGGCACAUCUACGUGGUCCUGGGUGAGUUCGACACACAGGUGAAACACGGGAAUGAAGCGGUGCACCAGGUGGAGAAGGUCCUGCUCCAUCACAAGUACAGACCAGACACAUACCACAAUGACAUCGCCCUCAUCAAACUCAAGACUCAUAUCACCUUCUCUAGAUACAUCAUUCCAGCCUGUCUGCCCACCAAGGACUUUGCAGAGAAGGUGCUGAUGCGCGAGCCUGAUGGUCUGGUCUCAGGUUUUGGUCGCUUGGGUGAGUUCUCGCGGCCGUCGUCCAUCUUGCAGAGGUUGGCGAUGCCGUACGUGGAUCGGGCGAAAUGCAUGGAGUCCACACAGUUCCGGAUCUCAGGGCGGAUGUUCUGUGCUGGCUAUGAAACAGGUGGGAAGGACGCGUGCCAGGGUGACUCUGGCGGGCCUCACGUCACUCGCUUCAGUGGGACUUAUUUUAUCACGGGCAUCGUAUCCUGGGGCGAAGGCUGUGCACGCCGUGGCAAAUUUGGAGUCUACACACAGGUCUCCAAAUACAUUCCUUGGAUACGGGAUGGCAUCCAGGUCUUAGUCCCACAGAGAGAAGACCAAAGCCAGGACCAGCCCAAAAGAAGGAAGAGGGGACCACCACCAAACCAGGGUUUUGUACCAGAUGAAGAUCUACUGCAGACCAAAUGGACUGGACCAGAACCACAACAGAACCAAGAGCGACCAAGAAGCUUCCAGGUCUUAUAUCUGUAA